AUGACAGAUAUCCUAACCGAUAUCGAAGCGAAACCCACCAUCAUUGAAAAACCACCGCGAACUCACCUCAUUUCUGUGUUUCGUUAUCUUGCGGUUCCGGUUCUCUCACCGGCUUCCAUGGGUUCAAAAAGGAAGCACGAUGAAAAUUUCAGACCCAAGGUCAGCUCGAUGCCGGACGAUGAAAGUAUCUACAUCAGAAUGAGUGACAUCCCUUUCGAUUUGAUGCGGUUUAGUAUAUCUGCCAAAUCGGGAGCCGAACGUCGUGAGGCUCGGAAGGCGCUGUUGUUGAAAAUGGGUGCGACACCCCCCAAGAGAGAGUACAAGAAUUACAAACGCCUAAUGCAAGAACGAGCGCAGCAGAAAGCGGAAGCUGCUAUGCUCCCAGUUGACACCGCUUCAACAAUGGUUAACAAACGAGUCCCAUUACAUAUGAUAAAACGUAAGAAAAAGUUGAAAGGAAAGAAUAAAGUCAGCGCUACCGGAAAACGUGGGAAGCUAUCCAAAAAUUUGAAAAGUUCCAAACGUAAGAAGGCGAAGAAAUGA